AGGACAUAAAAAACAAUACCCGAAGCCGCCAUCAGCGCCAUGUAUCUCACCGAUAGACUGAACGGCUGUUCGAUUAGGCCAUCCCGACAGUUGAACCACGCCUUUUUUUGGUUCAUGCCCAUAGUACGACCCGAUUACCAGGUCCAGAUGAUAUGCAUGUGGAUGAUCUUUUUCUCGCACAGACUAGUUCGAUACGCCAAACUCUGAGUCUACUCAACGAAUUCCAAAUACUCGGUGCAAAGCAAUUAUAACCCCACGCGUUCUACUUAUAAUCAAACGAAUUAGGCAUCGCAAUCUAAAUUCGCCCGGGAAAAAAA